AUGCCGAAGUUGAAAUGCGCUCUAUGCACCCUCAAGGUGCUACCGUCGAGCACCGAAUUCGUCGCUCAUGUGAGGAUGGCCCACUGUCUUCGCGCGACAGGUCCGGUCAGCGCAUUCGAAUGUCAUUAUUCACCACAGAGCGCGUUGUGCGCCGUACUCAAAGAUACGGCCCACUUCGAGGCGCAUGUACUCAACGUGCACCUGGCGUGCAACGCUCAAGAGGAACCCGAUCUAGGUGCUCCGUCGUGGAGCAUUUACGAUUGCAGCCAGAACCUCCCGGCUCUGCUGAACGAUCCUCGCACUCGUCGCGGCAACGAUUUCUUCACCAGAACUUGGGGAGACACUUUCGUCGAGCCCCAUCAGGUUGAGCCGUGUCGCUUCUUACCGAUCGUCAAACGGCCCGCGUUCGAAGACUACCUCGAGCGAAUUCGCAGCCGAUGGCAGCGGCGCGCUCGGAGCGGCCAAGAGAGUCGACGGAAAAAAAUCCUCAAGAAACCUAUCGAGUUGACGAUCGAGAAAGUUCCCAGUAUAUUUUUCAAACCUAACUUCGAUCUGUCGGAACCGGAAACGUUCAAUGCCGUUCUGGGGUGCGCAGACGAGGUCGAUUGCAAUGACAGGGCCUCGCCUGUCAAGGAGUCUUCUAGUCCGUCGAGCACGCAUUCCAAUCGGAGGGAUGGACUCGAUUCGCUUGUCGACGGCAAACUCUUCGCAUUGCAGACUUCGGUAUCCCUAAACGGAAUUUCUCAUGGAGAAGGAGAACGCCGUCUGGUCCAAGAACGAUUAGGACACCUGACAGAUCUGGUAGAAGUCCGUUUGAUUCAACACAUAUCCGAACAUUCCGAUGCAUUUUUCGAUGCCAUGACGUCCCAAGAUGAGUUAGCAGAAAGAAUGGCUCAAACCCUACAGAGUAUCACAGUCAUGAGACAACGAAUAGCCGAAAUAGAAGGGCAGCUAGUUAAGGAACCGUUACGUGUUCUUCAACUCCACCAACAACGACAGAAUAUUUUAAGCGUAGUCGACAAGCUCGAGCUUAUGAUGAACGUGCACCAAGCACAACCGACAAUUCAAGUGCUCCUCUCGAAUUGUGAAUUCGUCGGAGCUCUGGACCUCAUAGAUACAACUCAAGAGAUCCUCAUUCAAGAACUGAAAGAUGUUGUUUGUUUCCGACAUCUCGGACACCAACUCAAGGAGAUCGAGGAUCUCAUUCUCCGCAUUUUGGAAAGUGAUUUCAAGAAGUACACCGCCGCCGAUUUGAACCGGGACCUCAAUUCCGGUCCUCAGAUCAAAGAUCUCGAUCAGCUCCGAGCUGUGAUUUGUGGCCUGCUGAGGCUAGGCAGAGGAUCCGAAAUGGUUCGCUUGUAUAAAGAAGAGGCCAUAACGGCAGUUCAAGCUAUGAUCAAACAGACGCAGAUCGAAUUCGCUGCGGAAAUGACCCAGGAGGAUGUGACAAGGUGAGGGUGAUCCGGACGACCAGAGCAACAACUAGAACAUUUGGAGAUCUCGGAAUGGAUGACUUUGUUAUACCGUGCUUUCAAUAACAUUGAGAAACAAUUACUACGGAUCAGAGCUGUUUUCGACUUGUGCGUCGAGGUUAUGAACGUUGGUCAGCCGCAUGAAGAUAAAGAUAAAGAAGAGCAUCGGACAAACGCCGUAUUCGAGGGCAUGCAUCACUUACAAAUAAAGCCUGGUGAGUUCCCGCCGGUCGCCCCCUACGUAAAUCGUUCAAAUGGCCAUGCAGGAUCAGUUACAUCGCUGAACGAGGAAGGUAGAGAGGAAAAGAUGUCGCCCUCCUUAGCCCGGAUGAAGCAGCUCAGCGCGAGCAAAAGCUCCAUUGCUAGUUCAAGGUCAGAAGAGCUCGUUAGUGAAACAGAUCGCAGUCGAGUCGAGACGCAGCUUGAGGAAAUGUUGCUCGACGUCUGCAACGCCGCCCACGACGCUUGUGCGAAACUUGUGAGCGCCAAAACUGAGGACGGCUCCUUGGACAAGAUGAGUUCAGCCGAGUUCGUGUCUCUCUGUCAAGGCGUGGAAUCUUUCAGUUCCAAGUGCGAAAAGGUUUGCAUGGGUCGCAGAGGAACGGGUCUGCGAUUAGCCCUGCAGUCUCGGGCGAACCGUUUCGUUACAUCUUAUCAUGACCAGCACAAGGAUACCUUGGUUCUUGUCCUAGAGAAUGAACCUUUCAAAACGGUCAAGGUUCCACAGAACCUUCAGAACAUGCUGACGAGCGCAAUCAACUCGCCCAGUGGUCUUUUGAAAAUGUUGAAAUGCGAAAACGAUUCUUCUGAAGUUGCGGAUGUUCUCAUUCUUGCGGGAGAGAAAUUCGUUGUUUGUGGCUGUGUGCUACAUCUCCUCAAGCUGCUCCUCGAGUACUGCCAGAGUUCCCUUGACAUUCCUAUGGUUGCUCCGGAUCUGUUGACGCGUCUACUAGACCUUCUAAGACACUUCAAUACGGCAAUAUACAAACUAGUGCUCGGACCUGCAUCUACCAGAGGCUUUUCUGGACCGACAAUAUCGAAACUCCUUAUGGCGUCGCGUUCUCUCGAAUUCGUCGAGAAGUUCAUGCCCUAUCUGCGCACGCAUUUCGAGAAGGUGCUCUCUCGGAAGCAGCAGUUCAUGAUGAAACAUUUCGCUCAGAUGGCUCUCGAUCUCCGGGAACAUUCCACCCAGAUUGAGAGUCGCGUACUCACACUCGCAACGGACGCCGUGGACGCAAAACUGAACGAGUGGAUUCUCAAAGCGCCAGUCCCUUCCAAUGCUUUCCGAGGGAUCACUACGAUUCUUAUCGCUGUCAACAAUUCGCUGACUUCAACGGUCCCAGAGGAACGUGGAGUCGAACUCCUGAAGAAAUGUCACCAAAGCUUUCUACCGGCCGUGCGCAAGCAUCUCAUCCGACUAGGAGUGAAACCCGACGGAGGUCCGCAACAUGGAAUGGUCAUCCAGGAGUUGACGUUCUACGCCGAGAUUCUGAAGAGGAACGGCGUUCCUUCGAUCGAGUUCGAAGGUGUCUGGAACAAUCUUUACUGAUAGUGGGCGCUCAGUUCUGUCUCGGUACCCACGAUCACGGCGAAGCUCAGCGAGAUGAAUUCAAUUGCUCGGUCUGGGAUCGAAGCAGUGACAGCCCAUGGUUUCUAAACCUCAGGAGUCGGUCGAUGAAAACGAGAAGCCUCGCAUGUGCCGCUCAUCACAGCCUUGAGCGGAACCGAAUGCGAGGUUU